AUGGCGGGCACUACGGCGAUUGUAAAAGAAUCCGCCAUGUCUCGUGAGUUGCAGCAGGACUGUGUGGAUUGUGCCGCCCACGCGUUGUUUGAAUUGGGCCUGAAGGAACAGACGGCGAUUGCGCAGUUCAUCACGCAGGAACUCAACAGUAAAUACGGCUCUCGCUUUCACUGCGUUGUUGGCCGCUCCUUUGGAUCUUAUGUGGGUCACGACAGUCAAUACUUUGUGUAUUUUCUCAUUGGGGAUUGUGCCUUUUUAAUUUGGCGUACAGUGGAUGUGUAUGAGGAGCGGGUGUUUUACGUGAAUGUAGAUGAUAUAGCGGUGGGGAGAAGUGUACGGGACCACAUUGGAAAUGUAAAUUAG